AUGGUCGACUCAAUUUUGAAAGAAGCAAAAGAACUGUUUAAAGAAAAAGAAAGUGAAACAACAUGGUUUAAGAUAUUUGGAAUAUUUGACAGACUACUAAAACUAGUUAAAACCAAGGAGGACACGAUACAAAUUAUCCCUGCAGUUUCUGAUCUUCUCAUACGUUCUUUACAAAGUGAUAGAUCUCGUCUCAAUGGAAUUUCUUUGGAUUUUUUGAAGAGCUGUGCAGAAAUUGCUCAAAAAGAGGUCAACUUCAACUCUUUCAUUCCAGUCCUCAUCAAAUUGACAGGAAAGUCCAAUAAAGUUUUUGUUUCCAGAUCUAUGGAUGCACUUUCAAUUGUCUGUAAAUUUGCUGACUUGAAAUGUAUUCUCAAAAAUAUAAACGACUUUAUUGAAAAUCCAAAUAAAAACGUGCGGUUUGCAGUAUUCAAAGUUAUUGAAAUUAGACAAGGUGAUGCACGCGAUAUUUUUGCAGGAAUGGUUGAAAGGGGCCUGAAAGACCCAGCACAGGAGGUAAGAAGCAUAUGCAAAAGCAUCAAUAUUGUUCGCACUGAACAGCCUAUUGUUGAGAAAGAGGUCAAAAAGAGUGUAUUGGCGUCUGUAACUCCGCGCAAGAAUUUCAAGAUUGAUACUGCAUAUGUUGAGAUUAAGAAACUUGAGGAUGCGGUGAUGAAAAUAGCAAAAGACCAAGUUGUGAAAAAGCCUAUCAGCUCUGAUUUUUUCGAAAAGCUGAGUCAGUUAAAGAAAGAAAGAAAGUUUGUACUAGAAAAGAAGGAAGAUGACCUAACGCCAAGGAAGCUUGAUAGAUACCUGAAUAAAUAUAGAUCAACAUCGCCCAUUGGUAUUUCCGAGUCCCUAGCUAAGAUAACAUCAAUAAAGCAAAAUAGAACACUAAUAAGUACAAUUGAUGGCGCAGAGAAAAGUGAUCAAGUUGUAAAUAUGUCUGCAGAAGCAUCUUUGGUGCCUAAUGUUGAUAGAGCCACCAGUGUGGUUAUAAGUAUGCCUGAAGUUGAUGCCCAAGCAGCAUUAGAAGCUGCUAAUCCGCAAGUAAGCUUCAUCCAAGAAACACAUUUAUUUAAAAAGGAAAUGAAUAGUUCAACAUGUAAUGACAAUUCAAUUGACCAUAAAAUUCUGAAAGAUGAUAUUCAGCUUGAAAUCUCGGCUUCAGAUCAAAAUGUUGGCACGAUUGAACCAGAAGAAAUUAUUGAAGAAUAUAACAAUAGUAUUGUACUAGAAAAUGGAACAAAUGAUAUGUCUUUUGUUGAAGCUAUAGGCAUUUCUGAACUAAGCUGUUCGUUUGCUAAUAUGUCUAUCGAGCCUUCCUUUCAGGCAUAUGAGACGUCUCCUGAGAUUGUAAGAUCCUCAACUAUUAUCAUGGGACCAGAAAAUCGGAUACCAAUUCAAAAAGAAGAGUAUGCCGUAAACCAACAAGAUGAGCAUGCCAAUUUAGUUAUCAUUUCCUAUGAAAAGCAACCUGUUGACAUCCAUCAAGACAAAUGUGUGGAUUUGAUAGAAGUACAUAAAGAUAAAGAGAGAAUCUGUGCUAAAACAGAGCAGAUUAGUGGUGAUAAUGUGCAAGGAGGCAGUGCUCUUGACAUUGAGUGUGAUGUUCAAAAUGAAAAAAAUGACAAAGAAGAUGCUUGUGAAGAAACUAAUGAUAGACUAGUAGUCGAAGAGUGUGAAGGGGAUAUUGGCCUUAGUACUUUGUCUCAACAGUCGCAAAAUAUUAAUAAAAAUGCCUAUUUGAAUGUUUUGACAGCUCAUGAGUCUCAUAUGGAUGUAGAAACAGUCAAAAAUGUGGGAAAAUGA